AUGGCGGCCCUUUCCCCUGUUCGCCCUCCUUCCUCGUUCGCGUCUAGCCAUGUCGCGCCCGAAUACCCGCCCAAGCCCGCGCAUCCAGUCUACGCGCAGGCCGUCCUUGAGUCUGCCACUCUCUGUUCCUCAGCGCUCGACCCCGAUGUCCGGCCCGAACCGGCCGAAGACUACAACUACCACUCGCACUUCAAAGCUACUCAGAAGCUCGUCGAGCUUCCUUCGGACCCUCAGACUAAACCUUUACUCUCUGAGGAAGAAGAUGUACUGGGAUAUGCGACCGACGCUGGAAUCCGCAUGCGCGAGCGGAAGAGUGCGGCUGAGCGGAUGAGUAAAGCCGAGAGACGCGAGGAGGGUUUCCGUAGGAUCACGGCGUAUGGCGUUGCGGAAGGCGUCAGAAUCAAGCUCGCCAGUAGCUUUUUAAAGCGAGAACAUAACGUUCAUCCAAGAGUCUACGACAAUGCUCUCUACGCCAUGUACAACCUGCCGCUCCUCCCCGGCUACGGUCCAGCCUCGAACAUCCGCUCCUCAACCCACGCAACAGAAGCCGAGCACACCGCAGCCCAGACACACAUGUCCGAAGCAGAAGAGUCCGGCUACCAGGGCACAUACUUCGCCCGCGCCGAUCCCGAAUCGUGCGCGUUCAACGUCGAGGACGGAUAUAUUGCCGCCAGGAGCCCCGAGGAUUUGAGGAAUAAAGCGAGGGCGGAGGAGGAGGCGCGCGAACAUACUGAUGAGGGGCUGGGAACGGAUACUGAGCCGCUUUUGGUGUCUGAGGCAGAGGCGGAGGAGGUGCCGGCGGUGUUGGCGUAG